AUGAUAAAUUCCAACAGACUUUCCGGUGAUAUUCCAAAGAGCAUAGCUACUCUCAGAAACUUGCAGAGCCUUUUGGUCUACCAAAAUAUGUUCUCUGGAGAAAUCCCAGAAAUCUUUUCUAAUUUAACACGACUUUCCGAAAUUGCAAUGGGAAAUAACCAGUUUUCUGGUAAAAUUCCCAUCAGUUUUGGAGAUUGUCAGCAGCUACAAACAUUGGACCUGUCUUGGAAUCGGCUCAAUGGAAGCAUACCACAAGAAAAUUUCAAACUUUCUGGUUUAAAAUACUUGAUUUUGGUGCAUAAUAUGCUUUCGGGUCCUCUCUCAAGUGAAGUUGGCAACUUGAAGCACCUUCAAGUAAUUGAUGUCCCUGAGAAUAACUUGUUCAGGGAUUUAACCUCAUCCAUCAGUGGCUGUUCAAGUUUGUUAUAUCUCAACAUUUCAAUGAACAACAUCAGUGGUGAAAUCCCGAAUUCAUUAGGAAGUUUAAUACCACUAGAGGUUUUGGAUCUCUCUUACAACAAUCUUUCAGGGCCAAUUCCACAAGACUUGGAAAAUCUUAAGUCACUCGAGAUGUUGAAUUUGUCUUUCAAUCAUUUGGAAGGAGAAGUUCCAACAGGAAACAUCUUUUCGAACAGCAGCUUGUUUUCGAUCGAUGGUAACGGUGAGCUAUGCAGUAGUGAUCAAGAAAUUGCCAGAAAUUUGGAACUCCCUCAAUGCAAGACAGAGGGAAGACAAAGGAAUCAUCACUCGAUCAGAAUUUUAACUCCAACUGGUGGAGCUAGUCUGUUAAUAUGUUUGGUUUUCUGCUUCGUGUGGACUUUGAUAUCCAGAAGGAAGAAACAGCGGGUAAAAGGCUGUAAAUCAUUGCUUUCGGUGAAAGGGUUGCCGCCAUUGAUAACUUACUCUGAUAUUCAGCUUGCUACAAACAAUUUCGCAGCCAAUAAUAUACUUGGCAAGGGAGGUUUCGGUUCGGUUUAUGAAGUUAGAUUCAACAAUUGCGAUAAUGGGACCAACCUUACACUUACCGUCAAGGUGCUUGGCCUGCAACAAACCAAAGCCGUUCAAAGUUUUCUUGCUGAAUGUAAGGCCUUGAGAAGUGCUAGGCAUAGGAACCUUGUGAAGGUCAUCACCUCAUGCUCAAGCGUCGAUCAUAAAGGAGAUCGAUUCAAGGCUUUGGUUUACGAGUUCAUGCCAAACGGCAACCAAGAGAAGUGCCUAUGUCCAGAACACGUGGAAUCCGGGACUUGUCUGACCUUACUGCAAAGAUUGAAUAUUGCCAUCGAUGUAGCUUCCGCCAUGGAUUAUUUGCAUAACGACUGCGAACCACCAGUUGUGCACUGCGAUUUGAAGCCUGCGAAUGUGCUUUUGGAUGAAAACAUGGCAGCUCAUGUAGGCGAUUUCGGAUUGGCAAGGUUCCUUUCUCCAACUCCAUCCCAAAGGGAGAACAGCACAAUGAGAUUGAAAGGCUCGGUUGGUUACAUAGCUCCAGAGUACGGCCUAGGGAGCAAAGCUUCAACCAGUGGAGAUGUCUAUAGUUUUGGCGUUCUUUUGCUUGAAAUAUUCAUCGCCAAGAAAUCAACUGAUGGGAUGUUUAAAGAAGAAUUAAGCUUAAAAAAAAUCAGCUUGGAUAGAAAUCAAGUUAGAGACAGUUGA